UCUUGCACGAGGCUGUUCUCCUCUUGUCUUGUUCUAAUCCUCACUGUUCACACUGUUCUGAACGAUGUCUAGAGGCGGUAGAGGCGGAGGGCGUGGAGGCUUCGGAGGAAGGAGCAGUUUCGGUGGAAGCAUUCUCCCUCCAAUGGGUCUGACAUUUGCCGAUAUUCAGAGUAUAUCGAAGGAGGCAACAGCAUUGUAUCCUGAAAUGGAAGUUCCUCUACUUAAUGAAUAUUCCGAGGAUGAAAAACGCAUAGCAGAAUUGCAACUCGGGUUUUCUGCCAGACUGCGUAAAUCCGCAUAUUAUAUUACAGAGCCUACAAAAUCCAUCGAGCUUCCUCGAUAUUCGGACAAGUACCGCCCUUCACAGGCUUCACAGCCCACACUAAAACGGAAAGAUCUUCAUCAACCUUUCUUCCCUCAAGAGAUUUUCGAGGGAUACUUCAACCCGAAGAAGCGGAAAAUCACCGCGCGGAAAGGUGUCAAAAAGCGUGUUAACCUUGAUGAAAUCGAAGCUGAAACGGGAGAGAAAGAGGAGGGAGAGGAAGAGCGUUCUGAAGCAGGGUCUGAAGCUGCCGAGCAAGACUACGACGUCGAGGAAGAAUAUGAUAACGAUUACGCCGAGAACUACUUCGACAAUGGCGAAAACGAAGACAACGAGGACCUCGGUGGAGGGGUUGGGGCGGAGGAAGGUGGUGUUGGGUAUGAUUACGAUUGACAUCUAUAUUUUAUUAAUUUAUGGUAUAUUUGUUUUGUCCCUCGCAAGUGUCGUUGGCUUGCUGAUCCUCAGUAAGCAGCGCUUUGUAUUUCCUGGACCGCUGUAUUGCUAUUGUUUCUUUUGAUUGACCGCCGACUUGCA